AUUGGCCGCAGGGAGCGAGGUCACGCCCAUUGGACCACGUUGUGAAAUCGCCCGGGUGACAACAAGGAACUUUAAAUUCCUUGCAAUGCGCUGUGAAAGAAGUCGACGUGUUAUGAACUUGAGACGCACGUCUGUCGUUUGCUUGUGGGGGAUGCUUCUAACAUGGUGCCUCUCUUUCGAGGAGGCGAUUGCGUAACCAAAUGCUCCCCAGCGUUUUUACCUACAACCGACGUCACACACACCACGUGCACGCGCCUCGUGCGUGAGAGGCACGCACGAGACACGUGCGCGUGGCUCAGCAAAAUGGCAAAAAUUGAGACGCAGAUAAAAAGCACCGCGGGCCUCGCACUCCCAAGCGAUGCGACAGUUUGGCCUGGCAGUGACACCGCGCAAGCGCGGAGACGAAGACAAAUUAGGGUUCCGUCGAGCGGGCCGCUUAUCGUUGAGGCGUGAGUGCGACCAGCAGCGACCGUCGAAAUGCAUUCUCCGGCGACACGCACGUGGCUUGUGGCUCUCUUCGCGACUGCUUACGCGUUGCCUGUUACGGAGAAUGCGCUUGCGGCCACCCCAUGGCCAGAUGCAUGCGCCGAGGCAAACGUUCAAGAGUCGGAGGCCUUCCUGCGAGACAUCGUGUCAAGACUGGAAUCCAUCCUGCCCGUCACUAUCCCAGUUCCGGAUGUGUCUACCCACGAGUACACUCUCUUCAACGGCACGCUGUCGCCCCUGCACCUGACCGACGUCCACGUGAUCGUCGAGGAGGCCACGUGCCAAGAAACGGAACGUCAUUUCCCGUUCACCAUUUCUGUCAGCAAGAUGGACGGUAUGUACGAGUAUCACCGCCCAGGACACGACGACACAGAACCCGAGGACAGCGGCCACGUCGGCGUCACGUUCUCCAGUGCCUACAUGAGGGGCACGCUGAGCCAGAAACUACACGCAGACCACGCAGAAGGCAACGGAGUAACCCUCACGCAGCCCGAGUUCUGGCACUUCAGGAUUACACUGGGGAAUUUCAUGUCGUACCCGAACAUACGCAGUUACCCACUGAAGCGGCAAAGCAACGGGCCGUCGUACACCCAGAUGAAGUGGGCGGCCAAGAGAACUUUCUAUCCACUCUUCAUAUGGCUUCCCGAAACGCACGUUCUGCCCGCUCUGCGUCAGGCGUACGGAGGCAGGUUAAUUGCUAAGGCAGGAAAUAAAAAGGCUGAACUAAAGGCGCCGCAGUGAAAAGUCUGCGUUGUGUCGCGCUGCAUCAUAACAGAAGCAAAGGGAGGUUGGAAGUUUCUUUUGCUAGGAAAAUUGAAUGAUCUUUAAUUUCUUUUUUCACUUGUGCCAAUUCACAGAGCGUCUCCUCUCUUUAAAGGCGUUCAUUACCCGAGUAAAAAGAACGGGGUUACCGCGUUUUGGCAAAUAAUAAUAACAUGAUAGCUUGUAUAACGGUGGCCAUUUUGACAUGCGCCGUGUUGUUACUUUUGAAUAAAAGUAGCAGCCAUAAUGGUUGUGAUUUUUGAUAAAUUUAUUUUACACGCCAAGAUUGCACCAACCCAAGCAAGAAAUAGCAUCCACUUAAAAUUGUACUUUCAGGGCACAUAAUAAACACUUGUAUCUUUGUGAGAUGUCACCGCGA